GACCUGCUACUUGCUGCCCCUGGCAUUGAUGUUAACGCAGCAGAUGAAGUUGGUAGAACGCCACUCUCACACGCAGCAUCUGGAGGCUAUGAGGUGGUUGUGGACCGGCUACUUGCUGCCCCUGGCAUUGAUGUUAACGCAGCAGAUGUAGUUGGUAUGACACCACUCUCACGCGCAGCAUCUAGAGGCUAUAAGGCGGUUGUAGACCGGCUACUUGCUGCCCCUGGCAUUGAUGUUAACGCAGCAGAUGAAGUUGGUAGAACGCCACUCUCACGCGCAACAUAUGAAGGCUAUGAAGCAAUUGUAGACAGGCUACUUGCUGCUCCUGGCAUUGGUGUUAACGCAGCAAAUAAAGAUGGUACAACACCACUCUGGUGGGCAGCAUCUAAAGGCUAUAAGGCGGUUGUGGACCGGCUACUUGCUGCCCCUGGCAUUGAUGUUAAUGCAGCAGAUGAAGCUGGUAAAACACCACUCUCACGCGCAGCAUCUAGAGGCUAUAAGGCGGUUGUGGACCGGCUACUUGCUGCCCCUGGCAUUGAUGUUAACGCAGCAGAUGAAGUUGGUAGAACGCCACUCUCACGCGCAGCAUAUGAAGGCUAUGAGGCAAUUGUGGACAGGCUACUUGCUGCUCCUGGCAUUGGUGUUAACGCAGCAAGUAAAGAUGGUACAACACCACUCUGGUGGGCAGCAUAUGGUGGCUAUGAGGCGGUUGUGGACCGGCUACUUGCUGCCCCUGGCAUUGAUGUUAAUGCAGCAGAUGAAGCUGGUAAAACACCACUCCAGCACGCAGCAUUUGGAGGCCAUGAAGCAGUUGUGGACCGGCUACUUGCUGCCCCUGGCAUUGAUGUCAACAUGGAUGAUAAAGAUGUCAUAACACGCCUAAAGUCACGUUAAUUGUUUGAAUAUAUCACCACAAAAAUAAAUUAGGUAUAGGAGCCCUCCCCAUAGUAAUGCU